GCGGCGCUGCGGGGGACGCCGGGCGAGCGGCGGCGCGGGUGGCGGACAGCGCCGACUGCACCCGGGGCCGGAGCCCCUGCCCUUGCAGGUUUGUUUUUCUCGGCUCCCAAGGUGGAACGCUCAAGGGCAUGCAUCUGGUCUUGGAAGUAGAAGAUGGAGCGAGAGUAAGGGCCUAGAAUCAGGUUGCGUGGAUUCCAGUCUCUCUCUACUCAUUAGUUGUGUGAUCUUUGGCAGGUUGAUUGACUUCUGUGCAGUUUGGGACGCUGGAGUUUUCCUUGCCUCUGCGGCCAGGCAGGGAGCCCCCUCUGGCGUUACAGGAAGGAGGCUGAAUGAGGCAGAGACGCUGAACUCCGUCCGGGAGGAUCAGUUCCAGCGACUGGAGGCAGCGAGACCUCGCGGGCUGGGGCACGGGGCGCGAGGCCCGGUGCUCAGGAUGGCCGGGCCACCGCCGCCCUGGGCCUGCACAGCCAUCCUCCUCUGCGCGCUCAGCCUCAGUGGGGCCAUCGAGAUUCCCAUGGACCCAAGCAUUCAGAAUGAGCUGUCCCAGCCCCCGACCAUCACCAAGCAGUCAGUGAAGGACCACAUUGUGGAUCCCCGUGACAACAUCUUGAUUGAGUGUGAAGCCAAGGGGAACCCUGCCCCCAGCUUCCACUGGACGCGCAACAGCAAGUUCUUCAACAUCGCCAAGGACCCCCGGGUGUCGAUGAGGAGGCGGUCUGGGACCCUGGUGAUCGACUUCCGCAGUGGCGGGCGGCCCGAGGAGUAUGAGGGGGAAUACCAGUGCUUUGCCCGCAACAAAUUCGGCACGGCCCUGUCCAAUCGGAUUCGCCUGCAGGUGUCCAAAUCCCCGCUGUGGCCCAAGGAAAACCUAGACCCCGUCGUGGUUCAAGAAGGUGCCCCCUUGACACUCCAGUGCAACCCCCCACCUGGGCUUCCAUCCCCAGUCAUCUUCUGGAUGAGCAGCUCCAUGGAGCCCAUCACCCAAGACAAACGUGUCUCCCAGGGCCAUAAUGGGGACCUGUAUUUCUCUAAUGUGAUGCUGCAGGACAUGCAGACAGACUACAGCUGCAAUGCCCGCUUCCACUUCACCCACACCAUCCAGCAGAAGAACCCAUUCAACCUCAAAGUCCUGACCAACCACCCCUAUAAUGACUCGUCCUUAAGAAACCACCCUGACAUGUACAGUGCCCGAGGAGUUGCAGAGAGAACACCCAGCUUCAUGUAUCCCCAGGGCACUGCGAGCAGUCAGAUGGUGCUGCGUGGCAUGGACCUCCUGCUGGAGUGCAUCGCCUCUGGGGUCCCAACACCAGACAUUGCAUGGUACAAGAAAGGUGGGGACCUGCCAUCCGACAAGGCCAAGUUUGAGAACUUCAACAAGGCCCUGCGCAUCACCAAUGUGUCCGAGGAAGACUCUGGGGAGUAUUUCUGCCUGGCCUCCAACAAGAUGGGCAGUAUCCGGCAUACGAUCUCGGUGAGAGUGAAGGCUGCUCCCUACUGGCUGGAUGAACCCAAGAACCUCAUCCUGGCUCCUGGCGAGGAUGGGAGACUGGUGUGUCGAGCCAAUGGCAACCCCAAGCCCACGGUCCAGUGGAUGGUGAAUGGGGAACCUUUGCAAUCGGCACCGCCCAACCCCAACCGUGAGGUGGCCGGGGACACCAUCAUCUUCCGUGACACGCAGAUCAGCAGCCGGGCCGUGUACCAGUGCAACACCUCCAACGAGCACGGCUACCUGCUGGCCAACGCUUUCGUCAGCGUGCUGGACGUGCCGCCUCGGAUGCUGUCACCCCGGAACCAGCUCAUCAGGGUGAUCCUGUACAACCGGACCCGGCUGGACUGCCCGUUCUUUGGGUCUCCCAUCCCCACGCUCCGAUGGUUUAAGAAUGGACAAGGAAGCAACCUGGAUGGUGGCAACUACCACGUCUACGAGAACGGCAGUCUGGAAAUCAAGAUGAUCCGAAAAGAGGACCAGGGCAUCUACACCUGUGUUGCCACCAACAUCCUGGGCAAAGCGGAGAACCAGGUCCGCCUCGAGGUCAAAGACCCCACGAGGAUCUACCGGAUGCCCGAGGACCAGGUGGCCAAGAGGGGCACCACGGUGCAGCUAGAGUGCCGUGUGAAGCACGACCCCUCCCUGAAGCUCUCGGUCUCCUGGCUGAAGGACGACGAGCCGCUCUACAUCAGCAACAGGAUGAAGAAGGAGGAGGACUCCCUGACCAUCUUCGGCGUGGCCGAGCGGGACCAGGGCAGCUACACGUGCGUCGCCAGCACUGAGCUGGACCAGGACCUGGCCAAAGCCCACCUGACCGUGCUAGCUGAUCAGGCUACUCCGACUAACCGUUUGGCUGCCCUUCCCAAAGGACGACCGGACCGACCCCGGGACCUGGAGCUCACUGACCUGGCCGAGAGAAGUGUGAGGCUGACCUGGAUCCCAGGGGAUGACAACAACAGCCCCAUCACAGACUACGUUGUUCAGUUUGAAGAAGACCAGUUCCAGCCAGGGGUCUGGCAUGACCAUUCCAAGUUCCCAGGCAGUGUCAACUCAGCUGUGCUCCGGCUGUCACCCUACGUCAAUUACCAGUUCCGGGUCAUCGCCAUCAACGAGGUGGGCAGCAGCCACCCCAGCCUCCCGUCUGAGCGCUACCGAACCAGCGGAGCACCCCCCGAGUCCAACCCGUCCGACGUGAAGGGAGAGGGGAGCAGGAAGAACAACAUGGAGAUCACGUGGACGCCCAUGAACGCCACCUCCGCCUUCGGCCCCAACCUGCGCUACAUCGUCAAGUGGCGGCGGAGAGAGACCCGCGAGGCCUGGAACAAUGUCACGGUGUGGGGCUCCCGCUAUGUGGUGGGGCAGACCCCCGUCUACGUGCCCUACGAGAUCCGAGUCCAGGCUGAAAACGACUUUGGGAAGGGCCCUGAGCCAGACACUGUCAUCGGUUACUCUGGAGAAGAUUAUCCCAGGGCUGCACCCACCGAUGUUAAAAUCCGAGUCCUGAACAGCACCGCCAUCAGCCUGCAGUGGAACCGCGUCUACUCCGACACGGUCCAGGGCCAGCUCAGAGAAUAUCGAGCCUACUACUGGAGGGAGAGCAGCUUGCUGAAGAACCUGUGGGUGUCUCAGAAGAGGCAGCAAGCUGGCUUCCCUGGCGACCGCUUGCGUGGCGUGGUGUCCCGCCUCUUCCCCUACAGUAACUACAAGCUGGAGAUGGUUGUGGUCAAUGGGCGAGGCGACGGGCCUCGCAGUGAAACCAAGGAGUUCACAACCCCGGAAGGAGUACCCAGUGCCCCCAGGCGUUUCCGAGUCCGGCAGCCCAACCUGGAGACAAUCAACCUGGAAUGGGAUCAUCCAGAACACCCCAAUGGGAUCCUGAUUGGAUAUACUCUCAAAUACGUGGCCUUUAAUGGAACCAAAGUAGGAAAGCAGAUAGUGGAAAACUUCUCUCCCAAUCAGACCAAGUUCACGGUGCAAAGAGCAGACCCUGUGUCGCGCUACCGCUUUUCCCUCAGUGCCAGGACGCAGGUGGGCUCAGGGGAAGCAGUCACGGAGGAGUCACCAGCGCCCCCGAAUGAAGCCACUCCAACCGCAGCGCCUCCCACGUCGCCCCCGACCACGGUGGGCGUGCCCCGCACGGUGAGCAGCACCGAUGCCCCUGCCACCGCCGCCACCACCGAGGCCACAACAGUCCCCACCGUCCCACCUGUCGCACCUACCACGGCCGCCACCACCGAGGCCACAGCCACUACAGCCUCCACCACCACCACGGAGAGUCCCGCCGCCACCAGGACUGAGAUCCGAGAAUCGGCCCCCGACGAGCAGUCCAUCUGGAACGUCACUGUGCUCCCCAACAGUAAAUGGGCCAACAUCACCUGGAAGCACAAUUUCGGGCCCGGAACUGACUUUGUGGUUGAGUACAUCGACAGCAACCAUACGAAAAAAACUGUCCCUGUUAAGGCCCAGGCCCAGCCCCUACAGCUGACAGACCUCUAUCCCGGGAUGACAUACACGUUGCGCAUUUAUUCCCGGGACAACGAGGGCAUCAGCAGUGCCGUCAUCACCUUUAUGACCAGUGCAGCCUACACCAACAACCAGGCGGAUAUCGCCACCCAGGGCUGGUUCAUCGGGCUCAUGUGUGCCGUCGCCCUGCUGGUGCUGAUCCUGCUCAUCGUCUGUUUCAUCAAGAGGAGUCGCGGCGGCAAGUACCCCGUGCGAGAAAAGAAGGAUGUGCCCCUUGGCCCUGAAGACCCCAAAGAAGAGGAUGGCUCCUUCGAUUACAGUGACGAGGACAACAAGCCCCUGCAGGGCAGCCAGACGUCCCUGGACGGCACCAUCAAGCAGCAGGAGAGCGACGACAGCCUGGUGGACUACGGCGAGGGCGGGGAGGGCCAGUUCAACGAGGACGGCUCCUUCAUCGGCCAGUACACAGUCAAGAAGGACAAGGAGGAGACGGAGGGCAACGAGAGCUCGGAGGCCACGUCGCCGGUCAACGCCAUCUAUUCUCUGGCCUAACGGAGCCUUGCGGGCACAGCCGCUACUCUGCAAGCAGGAGGAGGGGAGAGGGGGAGAUGAGCCGCCGCAGACCUGCCCCAGAGCUGCCACCACCUUCAGGGACGGGGGGACAGCACGAGAGGCUGCCGAGCCGUGAGGACCGGCGACCGCCCAGCUGACCACAAGCCCCCUCCCGAUGACCCCCCGGUGCCACCUGUGGGCAAGCUGCUGCCUCGGCUCAGCUCCGCUGGAGGGAGCCCCGGUCUCUCGCUCAGCCUCACAGUCACCCCAGGCCUCCGCCACACUGCCCGCCCCCGACCUCCACACACACACUCACCAGUUUUCUGUUGGUUACAGUCCUUCUCGUUGUCUUUAUCUUUGCUCUGAGUCUUCCCCCUGCAGACCCAACAUCUCCAUUUUCUUUUCCCUUUGAAGAAAUGUCCCUGGAGAAAGAAAUGAUAGGCGGAUUCUCCCCCAGGAAACUGCAAAGAUAGGCAAAAAGGAUUGCUCUGUAAUCGAAGGUACAGAAGACCUAUAGUAUUCAAACCGCUGCUGGGCCCACGUAUUUCCCAAGGAUGCCUUUCUCGUCACAUGCCUCCCCAGGCCCCCAACCCCUCCGCCUCAGCCUUGUCAGCUGCUGAGCUUGGGCUUGGCUCCUUUCUGGGAAACGACAGUAUUUUUGGCAGGGAGGAAGAGGGGGGUCAGGCCUCCUUCAGCUGGGGGGGUGGGCUUACCUCUUGCUCCUCGCUCUCACCCUGCCCCUUGCUCUGGAGCAUCCAAGACAAAAGCUGUGCUGACUGAAGGAGUCUGAGGAACAGCAGUGGGCACCAAGGCGAAGGACUUUGGCUCCAGUGACCGUGUACCUCAAGCAGAGGGAAGCCAGGCGUCUGGUCCCUGGGGAGCCGUUCGCACCCCGAGAGAGAAGGGAAAGGCUGGGUUUGGACUGCCUUCCUCCUCCUCAGUGAGACUCAGGAUGUGGGGCAGAGGACCACGCCCCCCGCAUCCAGGGUGGGGGCUGCCCCCCACCCGGUCAGGGUCUGUGCUGCUGCCCCCCGGGAGACAGACCCCACGAUGCGAAGGCUGUGCUGGUGUGCCUGGGGGUGGAGCAGCACUCCCCUUGGGUGCCUGGCUGGUAGCCUCUCCUCGGUCGGCUCUGUGUGAUGGUGAACCUGGUGUUUUAUGGUGUGUGGAUGGGGCACGGCUGCCCCCAGGACUGAGCCUGUGUGUCCGUUCCUUAGGGUGUUCACGUAUCAGGAGCCCCCGAAGGACCGCGGUACUCAGUGCUGCAGAGAGCCUGGCAGCGCUCUUCGUAUGCCUUAUGCAGCUCUGACCUGUCCCUGCAGUUCCCAGGUCCCCAGCCCCUCCCUGCAAGCCUUGAAGUCUCCAGUGACGCCUGUCUCAAGGAGAGUGGGGCGGCCUAUGCAAGCGUCCCAGCAGAACCGAAGCAGCCACUCAACACGUGCCCCAGACGGAGACACUCGCAGACCUGCGGUUCUCAGAGACCCAGGGCUCUGCCUUCAUCCUCCCCACCUAUUCCAUUUUGAAACCAAAGGUACCUAGCCUCAGACAGAGAGAUCUUGAGCCUAAGAGUAGCCCUUCAGCGCUGGUGCAGCUAGAGCUGCUUUUAGGAGGGUGGAGCUGACCCCCAGAGUGGACCGCCUGCCACAAACACAGCCUCUGGCUGCUUGCCAGGGCUCCUGGGCAGGAGCAGUGCUGUGUCCUUCAGAGACCUUAUUUAAGCUUUGUUUGCCACACCUUUAAGCCACAAAGGUAUUAGCAAUGCUUGCAUCCCUUACUGGUCAGUUGAAGGUCAAGCCCCUAGACACGUGUACUGUGCAGAUAAGAAAAGGUAGCCCCGAGCCGCACCAGCUGUGCCGUUUGAACCCGUGGGCAGGCAGGUACCCGCUGCUCCGAGCCGCGGGAGGUGUGCAGGCAGGAGGCCUGAGGCGGCUCUCAUGGUCAGAGGGACCGUGUGACCGGUAGGGGCCAGGAGCUAGCUCAGGGGUGCCCUCCCCAGGCUUCCACCCCUCACCUGCCUGGAUGCCGCUGGGCAUUCCUGGAGCCUGGGCAGGGAAUGCCAGGGAGGUGUGCCUGUGUGCUGGAUUCUAGGAAACGCUCUGGCUGUGAGCAGAGCAGUCGUUUCUCAGGCCUCCGCAUCGCUCUGCACUCGCGCUGGAAGCAAGCUCUGCAGGCAGGGUGGACGGUGAGCUGUCGUCAUACCGUCCCCCUGCCUCAGGAAAGUCCUUCUUCACACGACCCGUGACAGGGGAAGGGGUUCUGCUCCCAGAGGGUCGCGGGGGCGGUGAGCCCUCAGCCUGCCUCUGCGCUCUGUCCGUGCCCUGCCAGGCGUGCCCCUCCUUGUGUGCGAGGACGGCGCCGCCAGCCCCCGUGCGCGCUGCUGUGCGGAGAGGCGUGCACCGCGUGACCGCCGCCCUCCUGGCAGGCGGGGGCCCGGAGGGCUGUGUGGGCCGCGGGGUUAGGCCGAGGAGCGUCCAUCUGCCAUGGAGCCCACCCAGCUCAGCCAGAGAGCAGUAUUGCCCAGCGCUCCCUGCCAAGCGGGGUGCUCAAGAGCCACCCCGAACAUCCCCACCGCAAUGCCAGGAGAGGUCCACCGCUGGUGCUUCGACCCGCCUAGCCGCGGGCAGGAGAGGGGGCGGAAGUGAAGACCGUUUCCGGCUCCGGAAAUCCCCGGCCCGAGUCCCCACCCGCCCGCUGGGCUUGGCCACGGCGUCUUGUGCGCUCAGCCGUCCGUCCGUCUGCUCCGCAGAUGCGCGGGAGCAGCUGGCCUGAGCCCUGGAGACCAUGGUGACGGGCAGCCGCGGCCCCUGUCCUCAGCGCUGAGUCUCGUGAUAGGCGUCUCUGCAUGCUCGAGCCACCAGUGGCUGCAGGCCGAAGGGAAGGUCCUUGCAGGGAGAGCUUGCUUCCCCAGGCUGGGCCAGACGGGAACGGUCCUCCCGGCCGCUCUGCUCCACAUCUUGGGGCGGGCUGCCUGAUUGUCUGUAUCUCGGUGCCUCUGUCUCCCCUAGGCAGUCCCUCCCCUGAAAACCUGUCCCCGCAGAGGGGCACGUGCCCAGCUAAAGGAGCGGGUGCCAGUCUCCAGGGAGCGCACCCCCGCAGGGCCGGGGAACAGCGCCGGCCCCCUGGCCCGGGUCUGGGUGAACUGGCCCCUUGGCCCCUUGCCUUGCCUUUGAGGAAAUGGUUGUGUUUGUGCUUGUCCCCUGUCCAUCGCCUGGGCCCCCUUCCCAGCAAGUCCCGAGGCCUAGAGAAACGUUCACCCGUCCAAGAGGCUGCCGGGUUGGGAAUGCUCUCCCCACGCGGACAUCUGUGGCCUGAGCCCAGAGAGCACUUUCAUGGUUUCCCUGAACACAGUCAGCCUUAGAAGAGGGCUGGAAACAGAUCCGUGGAUAUUUGUGGCUUUUCCAGCCGAGGGAGGGCUUCCCUGGCUCAUACUUGGCACCCACUCGGACACGCACACGCAGCAGACCGAGGCCCCAUCGCCGGGCAGCGCUUUCAGGAAGAACAGCACAGAGCAUGGCCUUGUCUUGAAGAGGCUGAGCCCACUCCCAGACACGGAGAUGAAAUGUGAAGGGCUGUGUGGGGAAGUGUGUUGGAAGUGUCGGGGCAGGGGUCGGAGGCUGCCCAUGCUGGACCCCGUCUGGGCGAUUCCUGUGGGCAAACCCAGGACAGUCUGAUCCAAAGGAGAGGGAGUUCUCCCCGGGAACAGCACGGGCAGCAGCUCUCCAAGGCUCUUGGAGCCCUUUGCAGGGUCAGGGCCAAGUCACAGAGCAUCCCGAAAAGCCGUGUGACGAGAGCGGCCGGAGUUUCCUACCCUCGCCUCAGCCUUUGCGAGGCUGCUCAGCUAAGGGCUAAAGAGGGGAGGCUUCCAGGCCUCUCACUGGGGGGGCCGGGAGGGCAUCUCCAUGGGAGGACGCAGCGCACGCUCCCUGUUUGUGAUGCCUCGGUCUCUCCGCCAGCAGCCACAUAGACUCCUGCCCGUGCUGUGACUCAGCCCCUGGGAAAAGAAACCACCCUGCGGAUCCUGGUUGAUCACUAUGUGGUGGGCUUAAGAGGUGCAUAGAGGGAGAUCCUUGAUUAAAAUAAAUCAGAGGAGUCAACAAAUAAAGCAAAGAGCUUGUAAUUAUGGGAGGACACUCAGUGGCCUUUGCAGAGCCCAACUCCUGGGCAGCCCCUCCUUUAGGCCAGGCAGGGGCCACCCGAGGGAGUUCAUGCCACACUACAGCUGUGCCCAGCCUGCCCAGCCCAGGCCAGGACAGGGCCCUUCCCUCCCUCCCCUACUGAGAGCAGGUUCUGAGAAGGAACGGGAAAGGAGGACAGCCAUCCAGGGAAGCCAGACCCCACCACAGGCGUCUCAAGCCAAAACCACUGCCCCCUACCGGUCUAUUAGUAUUAAUGAUGGUUUCAUCAUAAGGAUGGAAGUGAGAUAGGUACAAAGGUGUCUAGCUUAAACAGGAUCAGAUUUCAGCGUGCAGAGGAACCACAGAGCUGAUCUGAUUGAAAUGACUCAUUGUAUGGUAAAACCCAGAGAGGGGAAGGGACUGUCCUCGGUCACACAGCUGGUAAACCGAGGUGCGGUCCAGCCUUGACCUCGGGCCCUCUGACUCCUUGUCCAGUGCUCUUUUGUCUCAGCACAGCUGGAAACAGCGGUGUUUCCACCUUGGACACAGUGAUGUUACUUAAGAUCUGGCCCACGUUUUUUUCUACUUCUCCCAUAUCCCCUUAUACCUGCACAAAUGAAAUCACAGGAUUUUUCUGAGUCCCAGAUCAGUCAGUCUGCGCCAACCGGUGGUGAACCGGUGGUGCUGUUCAGGGGAGACCCAGGCCAGGAGAAGAGGGACCAGCUGAUUGGUGCCUGUCACCACGAAGCUCUUGCCUCGUAACACAUCGGGCCCCCAGCAUACUGCGUCCCUGUGAGAGGGGCCCGGUGGGCUCUGUCCCCUCCACCCUGGCUGCAGGGCUCUGCGGGCGAGCAGGGCCGUGGAAGUUCUGCCCCCGGAUCCGGUGGGCCGGAGUGCAGCACAUGCAAAGACUUCAGUGAAGCAAUAAACACAAAACUCUGGGAGAAGAAAUCCAGAAUUUUGUGCACGUCUCUUGUUUCUCUUUCAGAAAGGAUGCAGGUCAGACGACUCUGCCCUGCCCUCCUCUCUGACCCCCAUAUUCAGCGUCCUCAGUCAGUGUCGUCCCCUGCCCGGCUCCCAGCUCUCUGCCAACCUCACGCCCCGCUGCACUGAGCCCCGGUCGCCUGUGCCGUGGCUGCGUUCUGUCCUGCCCACCUCCCCACGCUGGGCCCCAGGGGCCUCUGGCCCUGCAGCCUCCCCAGCACACACGUUUUCCAGUUUGUUCCGUUCAGCAGGGAAAUCUUUUCCAAAUGUCUCCAUCCCUUCCCACAUACCCACACACCCAAAAUUGGUCUGAUCUUUUUUUCCCAUUGGUUAAAUAUUUUAACUCACCAUGGCACACCUUGUUUUAACCCCUCUCACAUCGUGUUCUUUCCUUUUUUUUGAGUUAUUUUGCAUUAACCAACGUUGUCAGCGACAGAUGCGUAUCUGAGGGUGUCAUGCUCUACCUUCAGCAGGGAAGGCUUCUGGGCCAUAGAGGACCAUCUAAUAUGUGGACUUAUAAACUGACUGCAUGAGCAAUGGAAAGGCCAAAUUAUUCAGAAUCUUUUUUUUUUGAAUCACUGUAAAAAAAAAAAACUGAUUUCUUUUGUAUAGAGAACACUAAACGUAUAAUAAAAGUUGUUCACAAUGGA